UGACCGCGGAUGUAUGAGGCACUUGUCUGGAUUGUCGGAAGCUUGUGCACGGUGCAGCGUGGGACAACAUGACGAAACGUAGUAGAUCCAUUCGCUAUAUCUGGUGGAUUUCGGCCGUGGCAGCUUUGUUUUGUUUGGGUUUUAUCGUAGGCUGGUUAGCAAAACCCACCCACCCAAACUAUGCAAGCAGUGCCUCCAGUCAAUAUAUGAGGGAGUUUCUGGAUGAAAUGCAUCCUAGCAAGAUCAGAGAGCACCUCAGGAAAUUUACACGUCUCCCCCACCUGUCAGGCACAGAGCAGAACCUGAAAUAUGCGGAACAGAUUCAAACAGAGUGGCAGGAAUUUGGCUUGGACUCAGUAGAGAUGGUGCCGUAUGACGUCCUGCUGUCCUACCCAAAUGUAUCGCAGCCCAAUUACAUUGCAAUAGUUGACGCACGAGGCAAUGAGGUUUUCAACACCUCCUUGGCUGAGCCCAGUCCUGAGAGUUAUGAAGACGUCGCCAACAUUGUGCCUCCCUACAGUGCCUUCUCUGCUAAAGGACAGCCUGAGGGGGAAUUGGUGUACGUCAACUACGGCCGCACCGAAGACUUUUCCCAGUUGGAGAGGCAGAUGGGAAUUAAUGUGACUGGCAAAAUUGUCAUUGUCAGAUACGGGAAGAUAUUCCGGGGCAACAAAGUGAAGAAUGCGAUGCUGGCAGGCGCAAAGGGACUUAUUUUGUUCUCCGAUCCAGCUGAUUACAGUGCAGAUGGAGUCAAGCCAUAUCCUGAAGGCUGGAACCUUCCGGGUGGUGGAGCUCAGAGAGGAAACGUUAUGAACCUGAAUGGAGCAGGAGAUUCUCUCACACCGGGAUAUCCUGCUAAAGAAUAUACCUACAGAUCCCGUCCUGAAGAUGGAGUGGGACUUCCCAGCAUCCCUGUGCAUCCCAUUGGCUACCAUGAUGCAUUUCAUCUUCUCAAGAAUAUGGGGGGACAAAUUUCUCCAAACAACUGGAAAGGAGCUUUAAAUGUUUCCUACAAAAUCGGCCCAGGCUUUACAGAUGACUUCAAGAGCCAGUUAGUGCGCAUGAACAUCUACACUAAUAAUCAGGUGACAAGGAUCUACAAUGUCAUUGGAAGGAUAAGAGGAGCUCUAGAGCCAGACAGAUGUGUGAUUCUGGGCGGACACCGUGACGCUUGGGUUUUUGGAGGAAUCGAUCCCAUGUCGGGAGCUGCUUUGGUCCAUGAAACUGUCCGCAGCGCUGGCAAGCUUCUCAGAAAGGGGUGGAGGCCAAGACGAACAAUAAUAUUUGCCAGCUGGGAUGCUGAGGAAUUUGGAUUGCUGGGCUCCACAGAAUGGGCAGAGGACAAUGCCAAACUACUUCAGGAGAGAGCCGUGGCCUACAUUAAUGCCGACUCUGGCAUAGAGGGUAUGUACACGCUCAGGGUUGACUGUACACCAUCUCUGCACACGCUAGUAUAUGACCUCACAAAGCAGAUAGCCAGUCCAGAGAAAGGAGAGGAAGGAGUUUCUCUGUAUGAAAGUUGGCACAAGAGAGACAACUGGACAAAUAACCGUGAUGCCCCUCGGAUCAGCAAGCUGGGCUCAGGAAGUGAUUUCGAAGCCUAUUAUGUUCGUCUGGGAAUUGCAGCGGGCAGAGCAAGAUACACCAAGAACAGGAAAAUGGAGCGAUACAGCAAUUAUCCUGUCUAUCACACGGUUUAUGAAACAUUCGAGCUUGUGGAGAAGUUUUAUGACCCUUCCUUCACGAGGCUUCGGGCUGUGGCUCAAGUGAGAGGCGGGCUCGUCUUCCUCCUGGCGGAUUCCCAAAUCAUCCCUCUGGAUGCCAACCAGUAUGCCAUCUCCCUCGACAAGUACGCACACAGCAUUGCAGAGAUCGCACAAACACACCCCAAGGAGAUGCAGACAUACAAGGUGUCUUUUGACUCCUUGUUUUCAGCAGUUGAAAAUUUUACCAUUGCAGCAAGGGAGUUCCACGAGCGCCUACAACAUGUCAACAGAGCAGAUCCUCUGCAGAUACGUAGAAUGAACGAUCAGCUCAUGUAUCUGGAGAGAGCCUUUAUAGACCCCCAGGGUUUACCUGGAAGACCAUUCUACAGGCAUGUGGUAUUUGCUCCAAGCAGCCAUAAUAAAUAUGCAGGAGAGUCUUUCCCCGGGAUCUACGACGCAUUGUUUGACAUUGAGCGCUCAGCGAACCAAGAGAAGGCUUGGAAUGAAGUUAAACGACAAAUUAGCAUAGCAGCAUUCACAGUCCAUGCUGCUGCCAUGACACUUGAACCGCCUGGAUGAUGCACACAUGAGAUAAGAUGAGCUAGCAACUUUUUCAAACUAAAUGUGCCUUGACUUAAUAAAGGAUGGGACUCACUGAAAAUGUAA